CGCAUGAACGGAUUGAGUGCGGUUACAGAGACGUUAGUGUCUCGCGAUGGUGGCAGUCACGCUGCUCAGAUCUCGUCCAUCACAUUGGGAGCUGCCGUAGUCUGCACUGUGUGGUAUGCUGCGGUCUCGUUGGUUUGCGUCGUGGGAUAUACGCAGUUACGUCACUAUUCGCAGCCGCCGUCGAAGCCUCUCGUCGCCGAUUCAGAUGCACCGCGUGUCACCAUCAUUCGACCUGUAAAAGGCCUCGAGCCCAGCCUCUACCAAUGUCUGGAAUCGACCUUUCUUCAGGAGUACCCAAAGGACAAAUUGACAGUUUUUCUCUGCGUGGCUGAUCGCAAAGACCCGGCUUUCCCUAUCCUACAGCAACUCAUCAAGGACAAUCCGAGUUUCGACGCUCAUGUACUGGUUGAAGAGGAAGAUCCCGAACUACAAGGAGAUGAUGCAGACACAAGACUUGGUCCCAACCCCAAAGUCAGAAACAUGAGUCGCGCAUACAGAGAGGCCAAAGGCGACAUUGUGUGGAUCAUUGACUGCAAUGUUUGGGUCAACAGGGGUGCUUGUGGCAGAAUGGUCGACACCUUGAUCGGCAACCGAGGCAUCAAGAAUAAAUUCGUCCAUCUUUUACCCUUGGUCGUGGAUAUCGCAGGCACUCCUGUUCCAGAGAGUGCGCAAGGGCUUCUGGAAGGUCGCGAUCCGGAUACCGAUUUCAGAGUCGUGUCGACCAGUACUGCAGGCCACCAAUUGCACUCUUCUGACAACGCUUCCUUGAACGUGCUCAGCGAAGGCGGUGGAAGGAUUGAAGAAUUGUUCAUGUCCUCCGCACAUGCAAAGUUCUACACCGCCAUCAAUACUGUCUUGAUUGCCCCCUGCAUCGUCGGCAAAUCAACCAUGUUCCGCAAAUCCCAUCUCGACAGUCUUACUAAUGGCCAAGGCAUUGAUUUCUUCUCUGAAAACAUCUGCGAGGACCAUUUGAUUGGCGAUCUACUCUGGAAAGGCAAAAUCCCUGAAGAAGAAAGAGGUGAGAAGUGGGGCAAGCAUGCGCAGGUCUUUGGCGAUCUGGCUAUUCAACCAAUGGCUGGUAUGAGUGUGGCUGAAUAUAUCGCUCGUCGCAGCAGAUGGCUUCGAGUGCGCAAGUUUACAGUUACUUUGGCGACGCUGGUGGAGCCUGGCACCGAAAGCUUUUUGUGCUCGUUCUAUGGUGCUUUUGCCUUCACCACACUCCCCUUNUUCCACAACACUCUGGGUGUACCGCAGACAUGGACGGCAUUUGCAAUGUUCUGGCUAUUCAGCGUCUGCAUAUGGUGUUUUGUGGACUGGACACUCUACUGCAAACUACACUCUUGCGCCUCCGUCCAAGUCGACGAAAACACACCUGCAUUUGCGCGGCCACCUAAGAACGGUAGACGACGACCUUUUCUUGUGUGGUUGUUUGCGUGGCUGGCGCGAGAGACUUUAGCAUUGCCGAUUUGGACUUGGGCAGUCUAUGGUGGUGUUACGGUAGUUUGGAGGGGCAAGAAGUUGUGGGUGGGUAUGGAUAUGAAGGUUCAUGAGAUCAAGGGUGAUGGCAGUUCUGCUGCAAGCGCAGUAGAUGCUUUAAAGGCGAGGACAGAUUAG